AUGGAUAUGGAGAAGCUGAAGAAGAUGCAGCAGUCGGUGCGCAUUGCUUUGAAGAGCGUGGAAGGCAGUUCAUCCUUCACCGACACCCCUGCUGACAUAUCUUUCGGAAAGGGUACCCCGAGACGUAAGGUCAAGUCCAAGCCGAAGAACUUUGGUGUGGACGACAAGAAGCUCCAGACCGCUCUUAAGAAGAUCAACGUGCAGCCCAUCCAGGCCAUCGAGGAGGUCAACAUGUUCAAGGCCGACGGAAACGUUAUCCACUUCGCUGCACCAAAGGUGCACGCCGCUGUCCCAUCCAACACCUUCGCCAUCUACGGUAACGGUGAGGAUAAGGAGCUUACCGAGCUCGUACCCGGCAUCCUGAACCAGCUGGGCCCCGACUCCCUGGCCUCGCUCCGCAAGCUGGCCGAGAGCUACCAGUCGAUGCAGAAGAAGGAGGGUGAGGAGAAGGAGGACGAUGACGACAUCCCAGACUUGGUUGCUGGCGAGACUUUCGAUGAGAAGGUCGAUGUCGAGUAA